AUGCAUGAGCGUGUGUGUCGGAACGCUUCAAUCGCACGCGCGCCAGUGCUUCUGUGGUCGAUUUGUGUGUUUAUUUUAAAAUUAGAAGAGUUUAUAGAUUUAUACAGGAAGUUACCAUGUCUAUGGCAAAUAAAAAGUAAAGAAUACCAUAUUCGCGACAAAAAGAUCGCUGCAUACCAACAAUUGGUAGAUGUUUUGAAAGAAAUAGAGCCGGACGCGAAUCGGGAAUCAGUGAUUAGAAAAAUUAAUACCUACAGGACAAAUUACCGUAAAGAACAGAAAAAAGUCGAAAAUUCGAAGAAAUCAGGGGCAGGCAUCAACUAUGUAUACGUGCCGAGUCUAUGGUACUACGAUAAAUUGCAUUUUAUCCGCGACCAAGAGACAACAAGAACAUCGCAAUCGAACCUGACUAAGGAAUCUACGGAGGAAUCUACGAUAGAAGAAACAGAGAAAGUUGAAACUGAUGGAGUUCAAAUCUACACUGAGUCUUCUUCUGACGCCGUUCAAAGUCCACAAGCAUCGACGUCUUCUACAGUAGUCGAAAGUCUACACCCACCGACACCUUCAAGAAACCGGUCAAGGCCGACAAAACGGAUUUCAAAUUCUGAUUCCGUAACUGAAGAUGUUCUUCUGUCGGUGCGUGAUCAUUUCAAACGUCCGGCUGUACCCGAAGAUGGUUGCGACGUUUUUAGCAAAAUGGUGGCAAUAAAAUAG